AUGGCCGCACGCGGUCACACAGAGACUAUACAGCGUGCAGUUCCCCACGCCGGGAAGAUAGAUUGGUCUCUCUACCCCGGGACAUACCCGGACGACCUGACGACGAUCAAAAAGACUGUGGAUACCUUCCACGCAAAGGAGUCCAAAAUAGACCUGCUCUUCAAUAAUGCAAAUGUCUCACAUCCUCCUGUCGGCAGAAUAUCCAAACACAUAGUCGAGCUUCAACUCGCAACAAAUUGUCUAGGACCACACCUCUGUAUCCGUCUACUACUGCCUUAUCUAAUAGCUGCAGCCGCGACCGCAAGCCCUGUUUCUGUUCGCGUAAACUGGAUUAGCAACAAGGUUCUCGAGUCGCCCCGCCAGAAGGCCUGA